AUGGUCAUUCAAUUCAGGCUGAUGAUAAAGCAGGGGCAGUUUCGACUUCGAAGUUGGUGAAAUAUUAUAAUGAGAAAGAAACCUUCAAAAAAACUGCUUAUUCAAUGACAAUUGGGCGGAAGAUGCAGCAAUAUUGCUUCCAUCUUCUUCACUCCCAUUCCAUGGCCCUCCCCAUACCAUGUUUCCUCCUUGGUUCAGAUUCCUUCAAAUCUUUCCUGCGUUUCCAUUCAAGUUUUCCAGCUUAAAGAUCUGAUUGUCUACCCUUCUGGACCGACAUGGGAAGCAAAUGGAGAAAAGUGAAGCUUGCUCUUGGAAUGAAUAUGUGCGUUUAUGUUCCAAGAGCUUUAGAUGAUUCCUCUUCUCCCCUCAACUCCGUCGCCAGAGCUUCAGAUGCUCACUCCCGCUCUAGUGUUUCGCCGGCCGAUCAUAGCUCCGGUUACCGCCCAAUGACCCCGACGCCGUCUUCCUCCGGACUCCGACUUCCCAGUAACGGAACCAAAUCUCCCAAGGGGACAUGCGCAAUAUGCCUAACUGCGAUGAAACCAGGGCUGGGGCACGCCAUUUUUACUGCAGAAUGCUCUCACUCUUUCCACUUCCAUUGCAUCACAUCUAACGUAAAACAUGGGAACCGGAUUUGUCCCGUCUGCAGAGCAGAAUGGAAAGAAGUGCCUUUUCAGGGCCCUGCUUCUAAUGUUUCUCAAGGAAUGACUCGAAUCAACCAACCAGCUUUCCCACCAGGUGGUGACUGGACAACUGUCUUCCGCCGGCUUCCUUCCCCUCCAGCUGCGGGUGCAGGUCGUCAGAGUUCAUCUAUUUAUCAAGUUCCUGAACCUGCCAUCUUUAAUGAUGAUGAUGCUUUGGAUCAACGAACUCCAAGUACUCCUUCUAACGAACGGGGAGAUUCAUUUGAUGCGAUGGAAAUCAGAACCUAUCCUGAAAUUUCAGCUGUUCCAAAAUCAGUUUCUCGUGAUAAUUUUGCUGUAUUAAUCCAUCUCAAAGCUCCUCAUUCAGGGAGACGGCAAAAUAAUGGUGAAAACAAUGCAAAAACAUCGCCUUCGGAUCAAAAUUCCCGUGCUCCAAUCGACCUUGUCACGGUUCUUGAUGUAAGCGGUAGCAUGGCAGGCACUAAGCUUGCGUUGCUAAAACGAGCCAUGGGUUUUGUCAUACAGCAUCUAGGUCCAGCAGACCGACUUUCUGUCGUUGCCUUCUCCUCAACAGCCCGCCGCAUCUUUCCUCUCCGGCGGAUGACUGGUACUGGACGGCAGGAGGCAUUGCAGGCUGUUAAUUCUUUGGUAUCAAAUGGCGGGACAAAUAUUGCCGAGGGCUUAAGGAAAGGUUUGAAGGUUUUUGUUGACCGUCAAUGGAAGAAUCCGGUCGGCAGUAUCAUAUUACUAUCUGAUGGGCAGGAUACGUACACUGUCACUAGCAGUAGACCCCAUGUUGGAAGAGAUUACCAAUCACUUGUUCCAAAUUCUAUUCAUCGCAAUAAUGGGGUGGGCUUGCAAAUACCAGUGCAUGUGUUUGGCUUUGGUGCUGACCAUGAUGCUACUUCAAUGCAUUCAAUUUCUGAGGUGUCAGGGGGUACAUUUUCUUUCAUUGAAGCCGAGGAUGUUAUCCAGGAUGCAUUUGCACAGUGUAUUGGGGGACUCUUGAGUGUGGUGGUGCAGGAAUUGCAGGUGGAAAUAGUCUGUGUUCAUCCCCGACUGCAACUUAGUUCAGUAAAAGCAGGAAGCUAUAGAACCAGCAUGAUGGCCAAUUCAAGAAAGGCUUCUAUCGAAGUAGGAGAUUUGUAUGCUGAUGAAGAAAGGGACUUUUUGGUGACAGUCAACGUUCCAGUUGAUGGAUCCAGUGAUGAGAUGUCAUUGUUUAUCGUUAAAAGUCUUUAUAGAGACCCAAUCACAAAAGAAAUGGUGGCUUUGAACGACAGCAGUGAAGUAAAAAUCCAGAGACCCGAAAUAGCUAGAGAGGCAACUCUCUCAAUGGAAGUAGACCGGCAGCGAAACAGGCUGCUUGCUGCAGAGGCAAUGGCUGAUGCUAGAGUUGCAGCUGAACGUGGUGAUUUGGCUGCCGCAGUUUCUAUCCUGGAAAGCUGUCACAAGGCAUUAUCUGAGACCGUGUCUGCUCAAGCCGGCGAUCGGCUAUGUGUGGCUCUUUCUGCUGAGUUAAAGGAGAUGCAAGAAAGGAUGGUGAACCAACGUGUGUAUGAGCAAUCUGGAAGGGCUUAUGUUCUGUCAGGAUUGAGUUCACAUUCAUGGCAGAGGGCAACAACAAGAGGUGAUUCCACCGACAGUACCAGCCUUGUGCAAGCAUACCAAACGCCGUCUAUGGUGGACAUGGUGAGCCGUUCUCAAACAAUGCUUCUGGGCUCUCCACAAGCCCGGCGCUCUCUCCGGCCUGCUAAAUCAUUUCCUGAACGGCGCGGACGAUAAUGAUGCAGAAGUUUCUUCUCAGGCUACAAGCUUCUUGAGGGGUCCUUCAAGUUCCUCCUUUUAUCGUCUUAUUUAAUUUUUUUUGAGGGGGCUUUACUAGUGAUUUUGUCAUGGUGGGUAUAAUGAGGAGUCUAAGGUGGGCAAAGAUUCUAAUUUGGUCAGCAUAAAUAUGUAGAAUAAUAAUAGGCGGGGAUAAUGGGGCUUUGAAGCGGACGGAGGAAAAGAAUUGGUCCGGAUAUUACCGGAGUGUGAUUCUGAGGGAUGUGCAUAAUUCUUUUUUAUUUUCUCUUCUUUUUCCUUUUGGGCUUUUUUAUUGGUUCUUUCAUUCUAUAUGCGAGCCUUUUAAAGGAGGGGUAUAGUCUGUCAACUGUGAAGAUAUUCCUGGUAAUUUCUUCGCUUUAAUACAUGAUAUAAUAUGUAUUCUCCCCAUUCAUUUCAUA